GAUACGAGUGCAGUCGACGGGAGAGAUGUUGUGAUUGUUAUCGUUAUCUGUUAUUGUAACUGAGUUCAAAUUUUAACUUUAUCCUUGCACUUUCCGUACACCUGAUCUCGUUAAUUGGUGCAUUAAUAGAUGUCACGUGAGGCCAUCCAUCGUAUAAUCGUGUAAAUGCCCCAAGAUUAUCAAAGCAACAUGCAUUCUCUCUCUGGAUGGCAUCAGAUUCAACAUGAAGGAAAAACAUAUGUCAUCAGAACUAUCUGCUACGUGGGUGUUGUUAAAAUUGUUGCAUCGGAUUUUGUGAAUGUCUGGAUUACUGAGAGAAGUGAUGAUGAAAUCCUAAAGCUCUUUAGAGAGCAAAAUCCUGUGAUGGAGUGCGAUGAUAGUAGUAUCAUUCACAAGAUGAUAAAAGAUUGCUUGUCGGAAGGAAAUGGAGAACGUUCUCAAUCAUCUUUUGAAAUGGUUACGUUAGAAGACAAAAUCGAAUUUAAGUUCAAAACCACAAUGGGUGGUCUAGCACUGAAGUUACACAUUAAUUUAAGGACCGACACACCCCAAACAUUUUAUAAGGAAGUGACUUUGCCUAUUCUUCUGAUAGCGGAAGAGCUGGUUGUACGACAAAACCUUCUUUGCCAAUCCUUGGAGAAGAAAGACUUAGAAAUAAGUCAGUACAAACUAGAAGGAGCAAUUUUGGCACGUACUGUUGUUAAAACUCAACCUUUUUCAAAAGAUGUUUUUUUGAGCAAAUGCUACUCGCAAAAUACAUGUAAACCAUCUCAAGGAAUGGUAAAUCCUGUAGGUGUCCUUAAUGUACUGUCUCAUUCUAGUUGUCCUUCAAGUAAUGAAACAGCAGAAAGUCUUCCUGACCCUCCAUCAUGUAGUUCCCUACCAAACCCCAAAAGUAAACUCAAAGAUUUAAAAAGUGGUGAUUUUGAUAGUGAAGUAAACUCUAAAAGUAAAUGUGAUGUUGAUUCAGUGGCAGUAGACACUCCAAAAAUACAGAGCAGUGCUAGUAAAGUUAAUAUUCCCAAGAAAAAGAAACCUAAGCUUUAUCUGUGAUGAUGAUCUUGAGAUAUAUCAUUGUAAGAUUUUAAUUUUUGGAGGUCAGUUUUUGGCAUCUUUUAAAUUUUAAUAAGUACUGUAGUUGAUAUUUUAUGUUCUUAACAAUUAAUUUUAUUUUUAAUAUUUUUAAAUUGUUAAAUCUUUAUAACUAUUUGUGAGCAAUGAGAAAAUGUACAUGAAGACAGUCUAAUACACAAUGAUUAAGUAAAAAUUUGAUUUUUGUAGACCUUAAAAAUACUUGUAAAACCCCUCUACAGAACUCAUAAUCUAGUAACAUGUAUGAGAUUAAAAAUUAAAACAAUAAAGCCUAAAAAACAUAAUACUCUUCAAACAUGCAAUAACAAAUCAUAACUUACAAUACAAGAAAAGAGUGGGAAUGAACAUGUUCAGCUGCUUUAUGAAGGAUUUAACUAUCACACACAUACAACACACAAAAAUAUCUACAAUAAGUCUUCCAUACUUUCCUGGUCAAAUGUUUCUAAACUUAAGUUCAAUUUUAACAAUUAAGUACACAUAAUAGACCCAUAGAGCAGCUUUAAAAAAAAUAGUGCUGCAUUGUACUGCAACUUAUAUCAAAAUAUUCUCAAUCCCAAAAUAGGUACUUCACUUUUCUUCGGUGUGUAAUGUCUGAAUAUCUGAAGACAACGUCCUCUUCAUAGAAAGAUGUACAAAUCUAGAAGUUGUGGGAAUUUUGUGUAAUAAGUAAUAGGCACAGUAGAGAUGAAGGUAUGAAAUAAAUUGGAAGGAGCAAAUUGUAGUUACUCACAAUAUGAAAAUAAACACUAGCGCCAUUGAUGCAACUGUAACCCAAUAAAUUGCAGCAGGGUAUACUUCCACAGUAGCAUUGUAGACUUGGCUGUAAAUAACAGUAGAUACAAGAGGCACAGCACUGUCUGCCACUGUUAAGAUAGCAAAUAUUUUCCCUGGAAUAGGUGAACAAAAUUGGAAAUAUUAAGGAAAAGAUAUUACCUUAACUCUAUACACAGAGACAAAACUGGAAAAAAUUUUUACCUCUCUCUUCAAUGGAGACUACCUUUGAAGUCAUUGACCGAAGAACAGGAGCCACAGUGGGACCAAGAGAAGAAACAGCGGCACCUAG